CGGGCCGGCAGAGCUCGGCGUCGGUGCCCUUGGCCAUGGCCGUGGCUGCGCUCCUCCUGGGGCUGGCGCUCGCGGCGUCGCGGGCGGCGGGCGCGGGCAUGGGCGCGUGCUACGACGGCGCGGGGCGCCCGCAGCGCUGCCUGCCCGAGUUCGAGAACGCGGCGUUCGGCCGGUUGGCGGAGGCCUCGCACACGUGCGGCAGCCCGCCCGAGGACUUCUGCCCGCACGUGCGCGCCGCGGGCGCGGGGACACAGUGCCAGCGCUGCGAUGCCGCCGACCCCGAGCGCCACCACAGCGCCUCGUACCUCACCGACUUCCACAGCCAGGACGAGAGCACCUGGUGGCAGAGCCCGUCCAUGGCCUUUGGCGUGCAGUACCCCACCUCCGUCAACAUCACUCUCCGCCUGGGGAAGGCCUACGAGAUCUCCUACGUGAGGCUGAAGUUCCACACCAGUCGCCCCGAGAGCUUCGCCAUCUAUAAGCGCAGCCGCGAAGGCAGCCCCUGGGAGCCCUACCAGUUCUAUAGCGCGUCCUGCUGGAAGACCUAUGGGCGGCCCGAGGGCCAGCACCUGCGCCCCGGUGAGGAUGAACGUGUGGCCUUCUGCACCUCCGAGUUCAGCGACAUCUCCCCGCUGAGCGGGGGCAACGUGGCCUUCUCCACCCUGGAGGGUCGGCCCAGCGCCUACAACUUCGAGGAGAGCCCUGGGCUGCAGGAGUGGGUCACCAGCACCGAGCUUCUCAUUUCUCUAGACCGGCUCAACACAUUUGGUGAUGACAUCUUCAAGGACCCCAAGGUUCUCCAGUCCUACUACUAUGCCGUGUCCGACUUCUCAGUGGGUGGCAGGUGCAAGUGCAAUGGGCAUGCCAAUGAGUGUGGCCCCGAUGGGGCGGGCCGGCUGGCCUGCCGGUGCCAGCACCACACCACCGGCCUGGACUGUGAGCGCUGUCUGCCCUUCUUCCAGGACCGCCCGUGGGCCCGGGGCACUGCUGAGGCCGCCCAUGAGUGUCUGCCCUGCAACUGCAGUGGCCGCUCUGAGGAAUGCACAUUUGACAGGGAGCUCUUCCGUAGCACGGGCCAUGGUGGGCGCUGUCUCCACUGUCGUGACCACACAGCUGGGCCGCACUGUGAGCACUGCCAGGAGAACUUCUAUCACUGGGACCUGCAGAAACCAUGCCAACCCUGCGAUUGCCACGCAGCAGGCUCCCUGCACCUCCAGUGUGAUGACACGGGAACCUGCACCUGCAAGCCCACUGUGACGGGCUGGAAGUGUGAUCGCUGCCUACCUGGGUUCCACUCUCUCAGCGAGGGAGGCUGCAGGCCCUGCACCUGCAAUUCUGCUGGCAGCCUGGGCACCUGUGACCCCCUCAGUGGGCGCUGCCCCUGCAAAGAGAAUGUGGAAGGCAACAUGUGUGACAGGUGCCGCCCAGGGACGUUUAACCUGCAGCCCCACAAUCCCGCCGGCUGCAGCAGCUGCUUCUGCUUUGGCCACUCCAAGGUGUGUGCGGCUGCCGCCCACUUCCAGGUGUACCACAUCCUCUCUGACUUCCACAAGGGAGCAGAGGGCUGGUGGGCCAGAAGUGGAGGGGAGCCUGAGCAUCCCCCACGAUGGAGUCUGAGUGGGAUCCUGCUGAGCCCAGAAGAAGAGGAGGAGCUCACAGCACCAGAGAUGUUCCUGGGAGACCAGCGGUUCAGCUAUGGGCAGCCCCUCACACUGACCUUCUGGGUACCCCCUGGGGCCACCCCACCCCCCGUGCAUCUGAAGCUGGAAGGGGAAGGCUUGGCCCUGUCUCUGAGGCACUCCAGCCUGUCCAGCCCGAAGGACACUGGGCAGCCUGGGGAGGUACAGCUCAGGUUCCUCCUGCAGGAGACCUCUGAGGAUGUGGACCCUCCGCUGCCCCCGUUCCACUUCCAGCGGGUCCUCACCAAUCUGACCAGUCUUCACAUCUGUGCUGGCCACCACCAGAGCCCAGGCCCUGCCGGCCAAGCGCUCCUGACUGCUGUCCAGCUCACAUCAGCCCGACGGGGGCUUUCCCCGCCAGCCUCCUGGGUAGAGACUUGUUCAUGUCCCACGGGCUACACAGGCCAGUUCUGUGAAUCCUGUGCUCCAGGAUACAAGAGAGAAACACCACGAGGGGGUCCCUAUGCCACCUGUAUCCCUUGCACCUGUAACCAGCAUGGCACCUGUGACCCCAACACCGGGAUCUGCGUGUGCAGCCACCACACUGAGGGCCCGUCCUGUGAGCGCUGCUCGCCUGGUUUCUAUGGCACGCCCUUCACAGGUCAAGCCAACCCCUGCAAGCCCUGCCCCUGCCCUGGACAGUCGGCCUGCACGGUCGUGCCGGGGAGCGGGGACGUGGUGUGCACCCACUGUCCCCCGGGCCAGAGAGGACGGCGCUGUGAGAUUUGUGAUGAUGGCUUUUUUGGGGACCCACUGGGGCUCUCUGGGGCCCCCCAGCCUUGCCGCCAGUGCCAAUGCAAUGGAAAUGUGGACCCCAAUGCCGUGGGCAACUGUGACCCCCUGUCUGGCCGCUGCUCACGCUGCCUGUACAACACGACUGGUGAUCACUGUGAGCGCUGUCAGGAAGGUUUCUAUGGGAGUGCCCUGGCGCCAGGGCCUGCCGAGAGAUGCUCACCCUGCAGCUGCAACCUUGAGGGCUCAGUCAGUAAGCAGGUACCCUGUGACCCAGUGACAGGCCAGUGCUCUUGCCUGCCUCACGUGACCGGGAGGGACUGCGGCCACUGCAGCCCUGGCUUCUUCGACCUCCAGCCUGGGAGGGGCUGCCGGAGCUGUAAGUGUCACCUGGUGGGCUCCCAGGAGGACCAGUGCCACCCCAAGACUGGCCAGUGCCCCUGCCGCCCAGGAGUUGUGGGCCAGGCCUGUGACAGAUGCCAGCUUGGAUUUUUUGGCUUCUCUAUCAAGGGCUGCCGGGCCUGUAGGUGCUCCCCGCUGGGCACCACCUCGGCCCAGUGCCAUGAGAACAGCACAUGCGUGUGUAGGCCUGGCUUCUCGGGCUAUAAAUGUGACCGCUGCCAUGACAACUUCUUCCUCACGGGGGAUGGCACGCAAUGCCAGGAGUGCCCUAUCUGCUAUGGCCUGGUGAAGGAGGAGGUAGCCAAGCUGAAGGCCAAACUGACCUUGAUGGAGGGGUGGCUGCAGGGAUCCGACUGCAGCAGUCCCUGGGGACCACUGGACAUUCUGCAGGGAGAGGCCCCACGGGGGGAUAUCUAUUGGGGCCACCACCUGCUGCCAGGGGCCCGGGAAGCCUUCCUGGAACAAAUCACAGGCCUUGAGGGUGCUGUGAAGGCCACUCGGGAACAGCUGCGGGUGCUGAGCAAGGGUGCCCACUGUGCCCAGACUGGAGCCCGGAAGACUUGCGUUCAGCUGGCAGACCUGAAGGCAGUGCUGGCAUCCUCGGAAGAGGAGAUUCUGCAUGCAGCCACCGUUCUUGAAUCUCUGGUGAUUCCUCUGGAAGGACCCAGCCCACCCCUACACUGGAGCCCUCUGGCUACAGCGGCCCGUGCCCUUGCCAGGAGUCACAGAGACAGCACCGCCAGGAUUGAAGCUGCUGCCCGGAGGGCACUGUUUGCCUCCAACGCCAGUUACACGCUUCUCUGGAGUCUGGUGGAGGGUACUGUGGCCCUGGAGGCUCGACAGGAACUGGAGGACAGGUACCAGGAGGUCCAGGCAGCCCAGAAAGCACUGGGUAUAGCUGUCACCAAGGGGCUGCCCGAAGCUGAGAGAGUGCUGGCCACUGUGCAGGAUGUCAUCGCAGAUGCUGCCCCACACCUAGCGUCGCUGGCUGCCUCUGGAGUGCUGGAGAGGCUCUGCCCACUGGCCCUCCUGCCAGGCUCUGCUGAGCCCACCAUCUCCCUGCAGCCUCAGAAGUCCAAGGCUGAGGACCUGGGGCUGAAGGUGAGGGCCCUGGAGAGGACAGCUGCAUCAAGAGAGCACGUGGCCACUGAGGCUGCCCGAGCCCUCCAGGCCGCUGCCCAGGCAGUGCUGCAGAAGAUGGAGCCCCUUGUACAGCUGCAGCAAGAGGCCAGCGCCACCCUGACCCAAGCUUCCUCGUCUGUCCAGGCUGCUACAGUGACCACCACGGGGGUCAGGACCCUGCUGGCUGACCUGGAAGGAAUGAAGCUGAGGUUUCCUCAGCCCAAGGACCAGACAGUGCUGCGGAGGAAGGCAGGCAUCGUCAGGGACAGGCUCCUUGCAGACGCAAAGAAGAAGACCAAGCAGGCAGAGAAGAUGCUGGGAAAUUCAGCAUCUCUCUCCUCCAGCGCCAAGAAAAAGGGCAGAGAAGCAGAGCUAUUGGCCAAGGACAACGCCCAGCUUGCCAAGGCCCUGCUGAGGGAAGGGAAGCAGGGGCGACACCGUGCCAGCCGGCUUGCCAGCCAGACGCAGGCCACACUCGGACAGGCCUCCCAGGAGGUGCUGACGUCUGUAGUGCUCAGACAGGAGCAGGAGGAAGCUGAGCAGGUGGGUGUCCGGCUGACUGAGUUGGAGCGGCAGAUCCGGGAAUCGCGCCUCUCCCUGGAGAAGGACAUAGAGGCUUUGUCGGAGCUACUUGCCAGGCUGGGGUCUCUAGAUGCCAGUCAAGCCCCAGCCCGGGCCCUGAAUGAGACUCAGCAGGCCUUGGAACACUUGAGGCUGCAGCUGAGCUCACCAGGGACCCUGCAGGGGAAACUGAGGCUGCUGGAGCAGGAGUCUGAGCAGCAGGAGCUGCAGAUCCAGGGCUUCGAGAAUGACCUCGCCCAGAUCCGCGCUGACAAGCAGAACUUGGAGACCAUUCUGUACAGCCUGCCUGAGCACUGCGCCAGUUGGCAGUGAGGGCUUCUCAGACCCCCCCACACACUCCCCCACCUGCUGUUUUCAUGGCCCAGGACAUGCAAAGGCUGCCGCCCCCACUCACAGAUGUGCCCACAUCAGUAUGCCCCCAAGCCGGCUGCUGUGGGUACCCUUCGAGCAGGAGCUAGUGUGCAUACCUGGCUCUCUGGGGCAUUCAUGCAUACUCCCAUCCCUGCACAGGCAUAAACACACACCCAUGUUAGUAACAACACGUGCACAUGCACACGUGGGUACAUGCCUGUGUGUGAUGCACACACAUGUUCAAGUCCAUCCAGGC